GUCUCGCGGUGGUAGGCUGAUAUCGCGGUAUUUGGGUCAUGUGACAAUUUGCUGAAACGUAUGAUACAGCCGUCUUUUAGACGAGGCGACUGAGCAGAGCAGACACGCAGAGCGUGCUGCUGCAGAGAUUUACUAAUCAUGGUGCUGUUGCACGUGUUGUUCGAGCAUGCGGCGGGCUAUGCGCUGUUUGCAGUCAAAGAGGUGGAGGAGAUCGGUAUGCUGCUUCCUCAGGUGGAGGAGAGCGUGCUGAACAUUGGAAAGUUCAACAGCAUGGUGAGCUUGGCUGCCUUCUUCCCCUUCAAGUCGGCCCAGGCUGCUCUGGAGAACAUUAAUGCCGUUUCUGAAGGUGUGGUUCAUGCUGAUCUGAAGUUGUUCCUAGAGACAAACCUGCCCCUCUCUGGGAAGAAAAAAGCUAUUUUGGGGGUUUCAGAUGCCAAGAUCGGAGCAGCUUUACAGGAAGAAUUUAGCAUUUCCAUCCAGACUGGAGGGGUGGUGGCAGAGAUAGCCAGAGGUGUGCGUCUGCAUUUCCACUCUCUAGUCAAGGGUCUGACUGCUCUGGCUGCCUCCAAAGCACAGCUGGGUCUUGGCCACAGCUACUCCAGAGCUAAAGUGAAGUUCAAUGUCAACAGGGUCGACAACAUGAUCAUACAGUCCAUUGCUCUGUUGGAUCAGCUAGACAAAGACAUCAACACUUUCUCCAUGCGUGUCCGUGAAUGGUAUGGCUACCACUUUCCAGAGCUGAUUAAGAUCGUGUCAGACAACUCUACAUACUGCCGCAUGGCUCAGCUCAUCGGAAACAGGAAGGAGUUGUCGGAGGAGAGUCUGGAGAGUCUAGAGGAGGUGGUGAUGGAUGCCGCCAAGGCGCAGGCCAUCCUGGAUGCAUCACGUUCCUCCAUGGGUAUGGACAUCUCUCCUAUUGACCUGAUCAACAUAGAGAGAUUCUCCAAUCGUGUAGUGUCUCUGGCUGCCUAUCGACUGGAGCUGCAGGAGUACCUGCGCUCCAAGAUGAGCCAAGUUGCUCCAAAUCUAGCAGCCUUAAUUGGAGAAGUGGUGGGAGCUCGUCUGAUCUCCCAUGCUGGCAGUUUAACCAACCUGGCCAAGUACCCAGCCUCCACCGUCCAGAUUUUGGGAGCAGAGAAGGCCCUGUUCAGAGCCCUAAAGACUCGUGGCAACACCCCGAAGUAUGGGCUCAUCUUCCACUCCACCUUCAUUGGACGUGCUGCUGCCAAGAACAAGGGCCGGAUCUCCAGAUAUCUGGCAAAUAAGUGCACCAUCGCCUCACGCAUUGACUGUUUCUCUGAGGUACCCACAAGUGUGUUUGGUGACAAGCUGCGUGGACAGGUGGAGGAGCGCUUGUCUUUCUAUGAGACGGGUGAUGUGCCACGGAAGAAUGUGGAUGUCAUGAAGGAGGCUGUAAAAGAAGCUACUGAUGUUGCAACCGAGAUCAAGCGGAAACUGGAUAAGAAGGAAAAGAAACGCAGGAAGCGUGAGAAGAAGUUGCAAGAAGAAACCGGUGAAACCAACGGUGAAGUGCAGGCAGAGAAUGACGUGAAGAAAAAGAAGAAGCAGGUGGCCGAGGACAUUGAGGUCGCAGCAGAGGAGAGCCCUGCUGCAGAGAACGGAGCGGAGGACUCCUCUGCCAAGAAGAAAAAGAAACGAAAAGCUGAGGUAGAAAUCCAGGCAGAGGAAGCUGCUGCUACAGAUAAUGGAGCGGAGGAAACGGAUACUCCUGCCAAGAAGAAAAAGAAACGAAAGACUGAGACUAAGGAUGCAGAGCCAGCAGAAGAGACUCCAGAAACCCCUGUGUCUGAAAAGAAAAAGAAAAAGAAGAAAAAAGAGACCUAGAUUAUGUGGUCAAAGACUGAAUCUUUAUAAUUGUGUACAGUUUCUUUUUUUUAUUCUUUAAUUUGAAGCUUGUUUAUGUAAGCAGCUAUAUGUUGCACUGUCUAUUGUGGCACCCUUAAAGCAGAUUAGACUGCAAAUAAAUGCUUAACUGUGCCUUGACCAGUGACCUUUACUUGUACUUCUGUAAAUAACUACCAUUAAACUUUUUGACAAGUAAAAAC